UCCUCUAAAUCCUGCACUUUGGACAGCGUGUAGAUAAAGUUCCUGUGUUUCAGAAGACAGAGACACAUUUACUACGGCUGAAUCCCUCCUGACUGCAGCGGCUGGCGGGUUACACAUUCAGAUAUAUGAUUAAAAAAAGCUCCAGAGUUUCCUUUGUCGACGUGAAACAUCCCGAGUGGCUCAACAAAGUGGUCGCCGUCUGUGCAGCAUUCAAAAGGUCCGCCGUCCGGAGAGACAGGUGUUGGAAUGAACAGGUCCAGGUCCAGCUGGGAUAAAAAAGCCCCCCAGCCUCCGGUCACCAGAAUAACUCGCAGCUCCAGCUCCCAGGCCAGGCACAGCGAGCCCACACAGAACUGGGACUCCGGGCCGGGUCCGUAUGGAAAACAACGAAAGAAGCAGACGGACUCUGCUUUGGCCCAGGACCUCAGUCAGAUGAGUGUUAGUGGGCAGGACGGCUUACCGACCAGUAAAGGAAAGAUGUCCCCAGGCAGCAGUGAGCCUGUGCAGGUCAAUCAGUCCUCUGGGUCCAGACCUGACCGGGGCAGUCCGUUGCUGUCUGCUGCCAAGUCCUCAUCCCGGGGCGGUCUGGCCCCCGUGGCUCGGCUGGUGAAGCUCGGCCGCUGUAAGAAUGUGGUGGUGGUGGCCGGAGCAGGAAUCAGCACAGCCAGCGGCAUCCCGGACUUCAGAACUCCAGGAACAGGUCUUUACGCCAACUUGGAGAAGUACAACAUCCCUUAUCCAGAAGCUAUUUUCAACAUCGACUACUUCUCCAACGACCCGCAGCCUUUCUUCUCCCUGGCCAAAGCUCUGUAUCCUGGCAGCCACCGACCCAACUACAUACACUACUUCAUCCGCAUGCUCCACCACAAAGGCCUGCUGCUCCGAAUGUACACCCAGAAUAUUGACGGACUGGAGAAACUGUGUGGCAUCCCAGAUGACAAACUUGUGGAGGCUCACGGUAGUUUUGCCACAGCUUCCUGCCACCUGUGCUACACCACGUACCCUGCUGAGGAGGCUAAGCAUGCCAUAAUGAAUGACAACGUGCCCAUAUGCUCAUUCUGCGCUGCAACAGUCAAACCAGACGUUGUGUUUUUUGGAGAGGACCUUCCUCAGAAGUACUUCCUCCACACUGAAGACUUCCCCAAAGCUGAUCUGCUCAUCAUUAUGGGCACAUCUUUACAGAUUGAGCCGUUUGCCAGCCUGGUGAACACGGUGCGCUCCACUGUGCCACGCCUCCUCCUCAACCGACACGCCGUGGGUCCCUUUGAGAAGGUCCCUCGGCGGAGAGGAGACCACAUGGAGCUGGGUGACCUGGAGGAUACAGUGCGGAGGUUUGCAGAAAUGCUUGGCUGGAACGCUGAGAUAGAAAAGCUGAUGAGGACUCAGGAAACACUGCAGAGCAUCCCUGCAUUGAUCAGCAGCCCUCCAUCAGUGGACAGCCAGAGCAGAGAAGAUUCAGAGCCUCCAGGUAGGAUGGAGACAUCCAGGUCCAGACCAGGAGCUCCAAGAGCAGCCAGCAGCGGCAGCGAGGAGACGGACUCCGAGACAGACAGCAAGAGCUCUGCGUCCUCCAGCCCGAGUAACUGACACUUAAGGCUUCAAAAACGAUGGCACUGGAAAGGUUUGAGACAGUUUCUCAUAAAGACUGUUCUCCUGUGUGCUGUCAGCUGGUCAUUCUCCUCUGCUGGGAAAUGCUUCUUGUUGUGUGCAUUGGAGCGACAGUCCAAUCUUACCUCUUCAUCUGCGAGUCAGUUCAAGCUAUGUUCAUAUGUAAAUCAAGAAAUCCUAUCGAAUGCAGUUUAUCAAGCUCAACAAGCACAUUUAAAGCACUUAUAGAAGGAGGGUCCAUAUAGAACACUAGGGAAUAAAUGAGUCCUGCAACAAAUAUUCUAAUGUUACUUCAGGUGUUUUUAUGUUCAUGUCAGUAAACUUGUUAAUGUUUUAUAUCAGCACAACACUGUAUUUUAAGCAAUAUUUAAUAAAAGUAUUGUG